CAGCAUUGGACUCUGGUGACUUUACCUUAACUGGAGCUGGGUUGCAGACUUUUGUGGGAUCACUGCAUGUAACUUAUGUUUCCUGAUGUCUCGGAGUCUCAGGCUGGCUGGCAACAUCUCCCAGUGCUUCUACAGGUAUCUCGCCCAGCUACAAAGUCAUUAUCAUCCCCUGAGUUAAGGAUCAGAUGCUAAUCCCUUGCUAUGGCACAGCCUUGCAGAGCCUGCCCUUCCCUCCUGAGCAAGAGGAAUCACUGACCAGCUUCAUCUGUCCUGGCCGGGGAAAAGAUUUCAUGAGACGCAGAACCAGUUACUUGCACUUGCAAAUGGGAAUUUGGAGCAACGUUGAAGCAGAUACAAAAAUCAUUGUGUCCGACUGGAGCAAAAUCAUUGACAAGUCCCCAAGGAUGAAAUUCCAUGCCAAAGUCAUGCUUCCCUCUCAUUGGCUCUUUCUGGCCUACGUGCUGAUGUUGUGCUGCAAACAGUUGGCUGCGUCCAGUCUCCACUCCCGAGUGCAAGCAGGCUAUCAAGUAAAGCAAGGGACGUGUGAAGUUGUUGCAGUUCAUCGAUGCUGUAAUAAGAACCGAAUUGAAGAACGAUCACAAACCGUGAAGUGUUCAUGCUUCCCGGGGCAGGUUGCUGGCACCACAAGAGCUAAGCCAUCUUGCGUGGAGUCUUCUAUCGUGAUCCAGAAGUGGUGGUGUCAGAUGAAUCCCUGUAUGGAAGGAGAAGAUUGCAAAGUGUUGCCUGAUCUUUCAGGUUGGUCCUGCAGCAGCGGAAACAAAAUCAAAACAACCAAGGUAACACGGUAGCAAAUAAGGACUUUAUUGCAGUACAAGAUCGGAUUGCUGAAGAUUAUCAACACAUCGAUAUUAAGAUUUGCUUUCAAUUACUUUUUGCCAGAUUAAAGAAACUUUGGACUUUUAAGACUCCAUCUUCUCUUUUGUUUCCUGUUUGAAGAUAUUUCCUGAUAACUUGAAAAGAGACAUAUUCGGAUAGAUAAGUCUAUCCUGAUCGAAAUACUCAAUGACAUAAUAGUAAGAUUCCCAAGGGGAAAAGCAGACCGAGUCCAAUGUCUCAGAAUUUGGAUUUGGUGGACAUGGACAUUACAAAGACAACAACAAACUGUACCUUGAAUAUCCAAUCUUUGCGGCAACAUGAUGGACAAUGAUGUUAUUCUGUUCCCAAUUUGCAAUACCUACAGUCGGACAUUGGCCUAAAACCAAAAUAACUGUAAAUAAAUCAAGACUUUUUCUUUAUCUUCCUAUUUUUGCUGUCGAUAGUGGUGUAAUAAAUAGCUUGAGUUUCCAUUUCA